GGCAAUCGCCUCAUUCUCAGCUGUUAAUUGUGCCCAUUUAGUACCUACUAUUCCUAAACAAAGUACCCAUACUUUCACUCUUACCAACAAUCCUAGCUUCAAGCCCAAUGCCACUCGUGCUAUCUUGAAAGCCAGGGGGAAGUACGCCAGAUCUUCCAACAGAACAACUUCCUUUGCUACUGGAAUUGUUCCUAUGAUUGAUUAUGAGGGUGACGUUGAAUACUAUGGCACGAUUAAGGUCGGAACCCCCCCUCAGUCUCUCAAGCUUGACUUUGAUACUGGAUCUGCUGAUCUCUGGUUUGCUUCCACUCUCUGCAUCGACUGCGGACUUAACAAUACAAAGUUCAACCCUUCCAAGUCUAGCACCUAUAAGCCUAGCAUCAGGACCUGGUCUAUUAGUUACGGCGAUGGAUCUUCUGCCAAUGGUAUUGUUGGUUAUGAUACAGUCGACCUUGGCGGCCUCUCAAUCACUGGCCAAGGCAUUGAGCUUGCCUCGAAAGAAUCAAGUUCUUUCGAAAGUAGUCCUGUUAAUGGUCUUCUUGGACUUGCUUUCGAUUCUAUCAUCACCGCACCUGGUAUCAAGACCCCUAUGGACAACCUAAUUAGCCAGGGUCUGGUUAGCAAGCCUAUAUUUGGAGUCUACCUCGGAAAAGCUAGCACUACCGGUGUUGGAGAGUACGUUUUUGGCGGCUAUAAUUCUGACCAUAUCGAUGGUAGCUUGACAACCAUCCCUAUUGAUAACACUGACGGUUUCUGGAAAAUUUCUGUUGAUAAUGUCACUAUUGGCUCUUCCAGCACAGAAAGCUUCGAUGCUAUCAUUGAUACUGGAACUACUCUCCUUAUUUUCACCCCGAGCAUUGCUGAUAGUAUUGCCGAGUCCUACGGUGGUACUGAUAAUGGUGACGGUACUUACAUAAUUGAUUGUGACACUUCUAAAUAUAAGCCUUUGGAAUUCGUCAUCAAUGGUGCCACAUUCCGUGUUCCUCCUGAAGAUAUUGUCUUCCAGAGAUCUGGAUUAUUUUGUGUCGCCAGUUUCGGCUAUGCUGAUAUGGAUUUUAGUAUUCUUGGUGAUGUUUUUAUUAAGAACAACUAUGUUAUCUUUAAUCAGGAAGUUCCCGAGGUUCAGAUUGCUCCCGUUAAAUAAGCACCAUAGUUGUUUAGUUUCAGUAUAUUCGCUUUAUUGAAAGAAUAUUAGCUGAUAGCGAAUGUUGUUUGAACCUAUCUUCAUUAACAGAAUAAUAUUCUUACAGUAUUUAUUUAUUUAUUACUAGUAGAUUUAUCCUUUUUCUUCCGCCAAUAAAUUAUCACUAUUAGAAAGG